GGAUGUUUAAGUUCCUCCAAAGGAAAAACUCAGUCAAGAUCAUACAGAAUACUCCACUUAGGUUCUGUAGUACCAAGAAUAGUGGUCCUAGUGCUGAUAAUAGUCAGAUAGAGAAUCUAAAGAAUGAAAAGAUUACUACUACACAGAAAAAGGAAAAUAUUGAGAAGAAAAGCCAUAGUUUAUCAUUCUUUUAAGGAAAGAUAUGAUUUGCAUCAGAAACAAUUGAAGCAUGAUUUGAAUGACCAGGGAAAUUUUUCUAUAGUAGAAGGCCAAAAUCAGCCUUAUGAGCAAGAUUUCUCAGGAAUGGAUCGUGAAUUUGCACAAAAGAUCAAGUCUUAUGAAGAGCUUCAGCAGCUUAGCCCUCAAGAGCGGAAAAUCUUCUAUCAAGAUGUACUCAAAGUUAAAUUUCCUCAUACUAAAUUUUCUGAGCGUCUACAUUCUAAUUUUAAAGAGCCUGCAAUGGUACCUCUUUUAACUUGGCAACUUUACAACUGGCAGCAUUAUACCAGAGGGAAUCGACCAACAUGGACUACUCAUGAUGGUCCUUCUUUCACUUCUGGAACUCCUCACCUAGGCUUGUUUUACAAUAAGACCUUGAAAGACUUUUUGAACAGAUUCAAACUGCAUCUUGGGUACAAAGUAGACUUUAACAUUGGAUUUGAUUGCUACGGAACUGCUAUAGAAAACAUUGCUCUUAAUACAGCCAAAGGAUCGGAAGCCAACUCUUCUGAUUACAAAUUCUCUGAAAGACUUGAUACAAAACUUAUGAAAGAGGACAGAGAUUUUGACCAAAAAGCACUCAAAGUCAGGGAAAUUUGUAGAGAUUUUGUCAAAACUAGCAUGAAAUCUCAAAUUGAAGCUUUUAUGAGAUGGGGUGUCAUGCAUGAUUAUAGGUACUCCUACAUGUCCCUCAACAAGAAUUAUGAAGCAAAUGUUUUGGAAACAUUCGCUACUCUUUUAAAUAGAAAUUUAGUUUUCAGAGGAGGUAGACCUGUCUUCUUUUCCACAAAAGAUCAGAGAGUGUUAGCUGAAGAGGAAAUUGAAGAGAAGGCUGCAAUCGGGCCUGCAUACUUAGUCAAAUUUCCUAUCAAAACUUUUGGAAAUGAGAGUAAAAGUCUUGAAAGUCUUGGAAAUAUUAAUCUACUUGCUUUUGUAAAUGAGCCUUGGAAAUUGGCUUCUACUCAAGCUCUUGCUAUCAAUCCUAAUACCAAAUAUGCUCUUGCAAAAGACUCCAAGAAAAAUUAUUUUAUUAUUGCUCUUGAUAGGCUGGGUGAAUUAAGCAUUAGGCUAGAUAGAAAAGAUUUCAGUACAGAUCUAGUUGCUCCAGGAGAAGCCUUAUAUGGCAUAGAACUUGAGCAUCCUAUAUUCUCUCAUAUCACUCUCCCAGUUGUUCCAGAUCUUAAAGUAUCUCCAAGUUUUGGGACUGGAAUAAACAUCGUAUCUCCAUUAUCCUGUAUGCAUGAUCUUGAUUUAUCAGAGACAUACAACCUUAGCAUUGAUUCAUACAUCACAAAAGAUGGGCUUUUCACAGGAGAUUUACACCCAGAUCUCGAGAAUACAAAUCCAUUCAAGAAAGGAAAUGAAGUGAUCACGAAUUUGCUCUACAAACAAGACAGAGUAAUGGCUAGCUACCAAUAUGAGUAUGAAUAUUCCCGUAUUAAAGAAACCAAGGAGAGAGUCCUCCUCGCCUCUAUUGAUUCUUGGUUCUUCAGGAUUCCAGACCAAUUGAGGCAGAAAUGAUUUGAAGAGCUUGCUUUUUGCAAAUUCAGACCUUCUCUCAACGUUAAAAAACCUGAACAAGUUGACAAAGAUUAUGAAAAGCUCAGUAGGUCUCAGAACGAAGGUAGCGGAGAAAGUGUCGGUGCUUAUUACUUCAAUGUUGUAGAGGAGCUUAAUGACUUCGAUGAUUGGUGUAUCUCUGAAAAGACCUAUUGGGGUGUUCCAAUUCCAUACUUUUAUAACAAGCUCAACAGAAAAAUCCUCAUUGAUCAAAGUAUCAUAAAGCAUGUAGCUAAUAUCUUCAGACAAGGUGGCUCAGACGAAUGGUAUAGACUCCCGAUCAGAGAUUUACUUCCUGAAGAAUAUAAGGAUCUGGCUCCCAACCUUGUCAAAGGAGAUGAGGUAUUCGAUGUCUGGUUUGAUAACUCUCUCACAUGGAAAUCAGUCUUAGUUGAUCAAAUCAAUAAAGAUAGCUCACUUAGCAGUCAAGAGGCUGAAAUUGAUAAUGCACUUGUGAAAUUGUAUCCUGAGUAUAGGACACUAGAAGACAUCAAUAAAGAAGUUGAUGAGAAACUUCCUCCGCCACCUAGAAGAGGAAGAAAAUCUGUAUCUCGUCUCCAUCAGCAUCAAAAACAGAAGAAGGAACUUUUAGAACAACUUAAGAGAGAAAGAGAUCAGAUGAUUCGAGCUACAGAUAUCGAAACAUUCAGGAGUAUUAUUCCAGAUAGUGCAAGGUGGAAAGAGAAACAGAUUCUUGAUUGUAUCAACAAUAAAAUAAGUGCUGACUACCAAAAGCUUGGUAUUAAUCAAUCUUUUCCAGCAAAUUGAGUUGUUGAAGGAUUUGACCAGCACUCUAAAUGGUUCCUUACUUCAGCCUUGACUUCUGUUGCAUUGACUAAUUCUUUACCUUUCAACAUGAUCAAGACACAUGGAUUAAUUUAUGACCAAGAUGGGAGCAAGAUGUCUAAAAGUUUAGGGAACUAUGUUGAUCCUCUUGACAUUAUAGAAGGUACUGAAAAGUUAUCUGGUAAGAGAGAAUAUGGUUUUGGAGCAGAUGUCCUCCGUCUCUGGUGUAUGGAAAACAACACAGAUGAAGUUCUUACCCUAAACAACCAAUCUAUCGCUCAAAGUCAGAGGAUGUUGAAGUACAUCAGGUAUAUUUUUAAGAACAUUCUGGGAAAGCUAGAUGAAUUUGAUCCUUCCGAAGAAGUUGAUGUUGAAGAACUCUCUAUUCUUGACAAAUACACUAUGCUGAAGUUACACGAAGCUAUUGAGGAGACAAGUCAAAGAUAUCAAAAUGUCGAAAUAGGAAAUGCAUUGAGCAUGAGUUUUGUUGACUCGAGUACCCAAUUUACUCGUCUUUUCGAGAACUCACCAUUUGUGCUACACGAGAUUGCUAAAGCAUACAUGGUGAUGCUUAGCCCAAUCAUACCCUUUACAGCUCAGGACAUAUACGAGCAUAUGCCUAGCUACGAUCCGAGACUUCCAUGCGUGAGUCAGCUUCGCUGGCCAAAUAUUGAAGAGAAACUUUCUAUUAAUUUCCUUAGAGAUUUCUCUCUUAGAGAUAAGAUUGAUCAUAUCAUUGCUCUUUCAGAUAGAGUCUCUCAUGAAAUUAGAAAAUUAGGAAAGCCAAAUUCUCAAAAAGGAAAAUCAUCCAUCCAAUUGAAUGAAGUAGAUGUAGUGUUUGAGGUAAAAUCUCCUGACUCAGAUGAAGCCAUCCUUCUCGAAUAUCUCGAGCCUGAGCUAGAAAAGAUAUUUGGAGUAUCAAACGUAGAGAUUGGAACCAGCUAUAAUCUCUCUAAAGAAAGGCCUCCUACUCCAUUGAAGUCAUUAAAGCAACAUUUCCACAUCACAGAUUACAUCACUGAAGAGAAGGUCAAAUAUGAGAUCAACUGUAAAGUCUACCAUUGUAAGCAUCCAAAGAUGAAAUCUUUCCCAAAUGCGAAGAUUAACAAAUGAAUCAGAUGCCUAAAAUUCAAAUGCACACAAUCGCAGAUGAUUUGUCUUGAGUGCAUGUCCAAAAUCCAGGAUGCUUUGAAGCAAGAACAAGUUCCAGAAAUAAACACACAAAAGCAGCAGAGUAUCGAAUAA